AUGGCAAACAUACAUCGUGUAAAGCAGUUUUUUAAAUCUUGGUGGCGUCUAUUGAUAAUAGCACUCACUCCGCUUAUUUUACUUCCACUUCCAAUAGUUGUGAAUUCGAUCCAAGCAAAAUGUGCCUAUGUUGUUCUUCUACUUACAAUAUACUGGGUGUUCGAAGUAAUGCCCUAUGCAGUAACUUCUUUGCUUCCUCUUGCAUUUUUUCCUAUGGCUGGCGUUAUAUCUGGUGACGAGAUCGGCCAUAAUUAUUUCAAAGAUAUUUCAACUCUAUUUCUUGGCAGUAUGAUUUUGGCUCAUGCAAUGGAACAUGUCCAGUUACAUCGUCGACUAGCAUUAUUCGUACUGAAAAUUGUUGGUUCAUCAGUGAAAUGGAGUAUGGCUGGUCUAAUGAUUGUCACUGCUUUUUUGAGUAUGUGGAUCAAUAAUUCAGCUGCGACAAGUAUCAUGAUACCGGCUGCAAUCGCCAUUAUAGAUGAAUUUAAAAGUUAUGACCAACAACACCAUCAAACAAAUCAAAGCCAACGAGAACCCGAAGAAAUAUUAUCCCUAUAUCAUCAUCAUCAUUUUUCAGCUCUGCUUCCGAUGCAAAUAAUUGGUAGCAGCGAUGAUGACGAACCACUAUUAGCUCAGGAAAGUUGCGAUGAAAGGGCAAUAGAACUUUCUCCACCCAUUGAUCAUCGAUCUUCCAGCUCAGCAAGGGAAUUUCCUCUUACAAAACAGCAAAUUGACUAUAAACAACUAAAAACUGGUUUUCUUAUAUCAGUAGCUUAUAGCGCCGCUGUAGGUGGCAUGGGUACACUUGUUGGAACUGGUCCAAAUAUCUUCGUCAAAGGAUUCACUGAUCAAUACGUCACAGAUGGAACCGCAGCUCUACUUAUUGGCUCAUUGCCACUUAUUUUACCCAAUAAGAAUCCACUUAAAAAAAAUUGGGACUAUAAUCCAAUUCUUGAAUGGAGUCAUCUCUCAAAAGUAUUUCCAUGGGGUGUUUUUAUGUUGCAAGGUGCUGGUUUAGCUAUCGCUGACGGAUUUAAGAAAUCGGAUUUAUCGAGCACAAUAGCUACCUUUCUUCAAUUCAUCGUUGGAACAUCUAGAACAGUCACAAUUCUUAUCGUUAUUAUCGUUAGUGCUAUUUUGACUGAAUUCACAAGCAAUCUUGCUUGUGCUAGCAUACUUUUUCCUAUUCUCGAUGGCAUGGCAAAAUCAACUAAAAUCCAUCCCGCGUACCUGAUCAUGUCGUCGUGCAUGGGAGUUUCACUCUCAUUAAUGUUACCAAUUGCUACACCACCGAAUGCCAUGAUAUUUGCAAGUGGUGAUGUUAGAAUUCGUGAUUUGAUCAGGGCUGGCGUUGGGUUUAAAAUUAUUGGCAUUCUUGUGAUUUUCCUUGCAUCAGUGACUGUAUUAGCGCCUAUAUUUCGUAUUCACUAA